CAGGAUGACUUUAUGGACUGGUGGAGCAAGUUUUAUGCCUCCACGGGUGAGAGAAACAAGUGUGGCAGUUAUCUGGAGAAGGGCUUCGAUACGCUGCAGGUGUAUGACAGAGAACUGGAGAAGGCUGAAGGCUUUGAGCAGUUGGCUGAUUUCUGUCAAACGUUUAAACUUCACCGUGGAAGAGUCCAGAACGAGAGUGAAGACCCUUCUGUUGUUGGAGAGUUCAAGGGCUCAUUUAAGAUCUAUCCGUUGCCUGACGAUCCCUCGAUGCCCGUACCCCCACGCCAGUUCCGCAAACUCCCCCCGAACGGUUUAGAGCAGUGCCUGGUGCGCGUCUACAUCAUCCAGGCCUAUGGCUUACAGCCCAAAGAUGCCAACGGCAAGGUGUAUGACAGAGAACUGGAGAAGGCUGAAGGCUUUGAGCAGUUGGCUGAUUUCUGUCAAACGUUUAAACUUCACCGUGGAAGAGUCCAGAACGAGAGUGAAGACCCUUCUGUUGUUGGAGAGUUCAAGGGCUCAUUUAAGAUCUAUCCGUUGCCUGACGAUCCCUCGAUGCCCGUACCCCCACGCCAGUUCCGCAAACUCCCCCCGAACGGUUUAGAGCAGUGCCUGGUGCGCGUCUACAUCAUCCAGGCCUAUGGCUUACAGCCCAAAGAUGCCAACGGCAAGUGUGACCCCUAUGUUAAGAUCACACUUGGCAAGAAAUCAGUCGAUGACCACGACAAUUACAUACCCUGUACUUUGGACCCUGUCUUUGGAAAGAUGUUUGAGCUGACAUGCUCUCUGCCCAUUGAGAAAGACCUAAAGAUCGUGCUGUAUGAUUAUGACAUGGUCACUAAGGAUGAGAAAAUCGGAGAGACCAUCAUUGAUUUGGAGAAUCGCUUCUUGUCACGUCAUGGUGCUCGCUGCGGCCUGCCACAGUCCUACUGUUUGUCUGGAGUUAACCAGUGGCGAGAUCAGCUGAAACCAUCCCAGUUACUUCAUCGUCUGUGCGAGAAGCGAAACUACAAACUGCCUGUCUACAAGCAGGACAGAAUCUACUUCAGAGGACAGGAGUACACAGUUGCAGACCUUGAUGAAGGGAAACCUCUUAACCCUCACCUGGGACCAGUGAUGGAGCGUCUAGCUCUCUUGGUGUUGAGGAGACAGGGUCUGGUGCCCGAACAUGUAGAGACGCGACCCCUCUACAGCCCCCUUCAGCCAGAUAUAGAACAGGGGCGGUUGCAAAUGUGGGUGGACAUUUUCCCCAAAUCUUUAGGUCCACCAGCACCUCCGUUCAACAUCACGCCACGCAAAGCCAAAAAGUUCUUCCUGCGCUGUAUUAUAUGGAACACAAGAGAUGUUAUCUUGGAUGAUGUCAGUGUUACUGGGGAGAAGAUGAGUGACAUUUAUGUGAAAGGCUGGAUGCAUGGCCAUGAAGAGAACAAGCAGAAAACAGACGUGCACUAUCGAUCGCUGGGCGGCGAAGGCAACUUUAAUUGGCGCUUCCUCUUCCCCUUUCACUAUUUACCUGCAGAACAGCUAUGCACCGUUGAUAAGAAGGAGCAUUUUUGGAGUCUGGAUAAUGCUGAAACAAAACUUCCUCCUAAACUCACUAUCCAGAUCUGGGACAAUGACAAGUUCUCCUUUGAUGAUUUCCUUGGCUCUUUGGAAAUGGAUCUGAACCAUAUGCUGAGUCCAGCAAAGUCUCCAGAGAAGUGUGGUCUUGAGAUGUUCUCUCAGUCCCAGGACAAGCUGGUGUCUUUGUUUGAGCAGAAGACAGUAAAAGGCUGGUGGCCUUGCGUGCGUGACAGAGAAAAUGAAAAGAUACUUGCAGGAAAGGUGGAAAUAUCACUGGAAAUCAUCUCUGAGCAGGAGCAGGAUGAGAGGCCCGCCGGACUCGGCAGAGACGAGCCCAACAUGAAUCCCCGUCUAGAUGAGCCGCAGCGUCCUGAGACCUCAUUCUUAUGGUUCUCAUCCCCAUUUAAGACGUUUAAGUUUAUUGUGUGGAGGAGGUUCAAGUGGCUUAUUCUGGGCUUCUUUGUACUCUUUUUCAUUUUUCUCUUCCUUGGAGUCUUUCUCUACGCCUUUCCUAACUAUGCUGCUAUGAAGAUGGUUGGACCCUUCAGUGGAGUGGGAAAGGGAACACAGUGAGACUGUGAUGAGAAAAAGGACAUAAACCCUCACAUCAAUUACCAACCACACCAAAACUCCAUCCACACAUCUCUGUCCAUCCUACUGGUGCUUGUGCACGUGUCCUCGAGAAAACUGAAGGCAGGCUGAGAGAAUUAGAAGUCUUUAUGUGUGCGUUAGCCUGUUCUAGUCCUAUAUGCAUGAAAGUUGCAUAACGUCUGUGUGUGUUUGUACAUGUAUUACACGCCACGCUCGCUGCCCCUUAUCUGACCCGGUCCUGAACUCUCUCAGUAUUCUCUUUAACUCCCACUUACACUUUCAUCUCUUUGCCGGUUUAAUCCUUUUUCAUGUCUUCUGUAAAACUGGCUUCUUUCUUCACAGCCAGAUGCUUCUUUCUUCUUCCUUCACGCAGAGAGAGGGAGACCGAGCCCCGUCGCACCACCUCCCAUCCAUUCGUUCCUCUCCUUUCAACAGCGCUGGCUCUUUAGGUUAAACCCUGAUUUGUACUGUUAGGCUGUAAGAUCCGAGACAGGCCGGUUAUUAGCUGAGCCCCCGCUGUCAGCAAGCCCACCUCUCUGAUUACUAUCACACUCUGUUAUUUUGCUUUAGCAAAAUCCCCACUAAAUGGACUGGGGGUCAACUGUGGGUUGGCAACAUGUAUGUGGAAUGUGGGCUGCGAACGAGAACGAGAGAUAAAAGACUUGUUUAUUUGUGCAAAUGUUAGACUCACGCCCUGGUGCCUUUGUGCCUUUUUGCGUUUGACUCUGUAAAGUAUGAAAAUGAACAGGCGCAUCUCGAAGAAGUUGCCAGACUUCUAAACAUGCCUGUGAAGGAGCUGUUACAUGAUAAAAUACACAAAUUACUUGUUUUCUCUCCAUGACCAGGUCAUGAGUGCCUCUUUUACCUAGUUCAGUGAGAAGAAACUAUUGUGGAGUCACAUUUAGUGAAACUGGAAUCUCAAAACUUCAACUCUUUGCAUUACACAUCACAUUUAUGUGAUGAAGCUUCUCUACGAACAGGAAACGUCAAGAAAUCUGGGUUAAUCCGACCUAACCUGCUGGAUUUCCGGAAGUGUUCACAUUUUAUUUUAAAAAAUGAGGGCAGAAGUAGUGAAGAAGGGAUUUGAUGUUUCCAUAAAGUCACUGAUUUGACAGUAAAAAGGAUGCAUUCUUAUCUCUGUUACAGAAAGAAAAAUAUGAGCGAUUACAUUUUUUUUUCAUCGUAGCUAUUUUCUGCACAUCUGCAAUAUCACUGAUUUAUGAAAGGAAAGUGAAUAAGAUAAAACAUUAACCAAAAAACCUUGCCUAAGCGAUCUAUUGCCAAAUAUUGUACAGUAUAUAGCUGAAUAACUGAUUUAUGCAAAACACAAAUCCCUAUGCUGAGCAUCUAUGAAUAGUUGUCAUUCAUAUACAAGUUUUGCAGUAAGUCUCUUAAUUUGACAAUCAUAAUAGAUAUUUCUGUUAUUGAAUUUCUGAAUGAUUUAAUGAUGCACGUCGUCUAAUUGCCUUAAAGCUUCUGCUGUCAUCUCAAUUCACUGUGUUAAAUCAACUGUAUUUGUAUCUCACUGUGUAAUAUGCUA